AUGCCCGAGUACGAGGUGUCAUAUAACCCUGAGCUGGAUACCUACUCCCUUUACCAGCGAUAUGAAGAACCCCGACCGAACAAAGACUGGAAAACAGCCGCCCUCCGUGGCCCAGCUCUUCCAGCUCUCGGAAAUGCAGUAGCUGGUGCUGUUGGAGCGGCUAUCUCAAAUGUCGCUACGUACCCGUUGAGUCUUAUCAUUGCCCGGCUGCAAACACAAAACCAACGCAACCCCAAAAAGACAACGAAGACUGAAGGCAAGGGUGAAGAGGAGAAGACAGAAGGUCGAGACAAAGAUACGGAGGACAGUAAUGAAGAAAACGAGGAAGAUUACACCAAUAUUCUCGACGCAGUACGCAAGAUCUACGCCAAAGAAGGACUCGGAAGCUUGUACACUGGUCUUGCCCAAGACACAGUCAAAACCGUAGCCGACUCGUUCCUAUUCUUCCUAGCAUACGGAUUCUUCAGACAGCGGAGGAUUAACGCCCGGUACGGUCCCGCCCGGAAAGGCGGGAAGCAUGUUGUCCUACCUAUAUUGGACGAGCUAGCCGUCGGUGUUUUGGCGGGCGCGUUCGCCAAGCUGUUCACGACGCCGUUGGCUAAUAUCGUGGCGCGAAAGCAGACCUCUAAAUCUUCGUCUAGUACUAGAGAUAUAGCUGCUCAGAUUCGAUCUGAGAAGGGGAUCAAAGGGUUCUGGUCGGGUUAUUCGGCUUCUCUUAUCCUUACGCUGAAUCCGUCCAUUACAUUCUUCCUAAAUGAAUUCUUGAAAUAUAGUUUCAUUCCCCGGAAUAAGCGCGGAAAACCGUCGGCGGCUGCAACCUUUCUGCUAGCUGCUAUCAGCAAGUCAGCGGCAUCGUCAAUAACAUAUCCGAUUUCAAUGGCUAAGACUCGAGCCCAAGUCACCGGCUCGAGCGCCACCCCUUCAACUCAUAGUGGAGAGAAAGACGACUCUGAUGAUGGAUUGUCAUUGAUGCCGUCCACCAUUUCCAAUGUGGUUAGUAUAGCUCGUACGGAAGGUAUCCAAGCUCUCUACGCAGGCCUACCAGGCGAAGUACUCAAAGGCUUCUUCUCCCACGGGUUCACCAUGCUCGCAAAGGACGCAGUAUACUCCAUCAUUGUACAGAGCUACUAUCUUCUCCUCGUCGCUUCUCGACAAUACCCUACACCGGAUGAAUUGAUCGAGCGAGCCCGCCAGCAAGCGGAGGAAUGGGCCGAAGCUGCCCGAGAAGGUGCCCGCGACCUCGCUGAAAAAGUCAAGGAUACAGAUGCCAGCGUUCUUGAUCACAAUGCGGGCAAUGUAACUAUUGAAAUGAGUUCUAGCGGCCCCGUUCCCCCAACACUUGGCCUGCCGGAGGGAAACGAGACGGCAGAGUUGGUGGGAGAUUAUGUGGAAGAUGAAGCGACCGAGUGGAGGAGCUUAUACCAUUGGUUUUGGGAGAAGGAGAGGUAUGGAAGGGAGUAG